CUACCCGCCCACUACCAGCAUCACACCCCCUUCCACGUGUAUGGGGGCGGAGCUCCGGCAGGAGGAGCGACUGGCACCAAGAAGAAGACGUGGAACUUCAUCCACGAGAAGAUGAGCUACGACACGUUCUUUACAAUGAAACGGCUGAUCGAGCGCUCACGGCGGCCCGACGAGGUUCUGCGCUGGGUUACCCAGAACCCCGCCAAGAUCUCCCACAACCAUUACCCUGUCGCCCUGCAGAAGAUAGGACAGCUGCUGCAGGCCACGCCCCCGUCGCGCACCGCCAGGGACGACGCUGAUGGCGAGGCCUCUGGUGGUGGAGCAGCAGAUGGGGAGGGGCGUCAGAUCCUGGAGCACCAGGACUUCCAGACACUCUGCACCGCCAUCGUCAGCGACUGCGCCAAGUUCGACAACUUCAGCAUCGUCAACUGCCUGUAUGCCGUCGCCGCGCUCGGUCUGCCCAGUGACUCCCAGGUGGUCCAGGUGCUGGAGGCGGAGUCUCAGUCCAGACUGAACCAGUUCAACCAGAAGGACGUGUCCAUGGUGUUCAGCUCCAGCAUGAAACUGCACCCAGGCAGCCAGCACCCGCUGACCGAGGCCUGCCUGGCCGGGUUGGAGAAGAACCUGGAGAGGGAACGCCACCCGCAGACGCUCUUCCUGCUGCUCUCCUACUACAGACUCAAGUGGCGCUCGCUGCAGCCACAGGAACCGGCUUCAGCGGCUGGAGGGGGCGCUGCGACCACCAGCGCUAACAGCAACAACACACCUCCAAACCCUGAGCAGCUGCUCGCCAACAGGAAGAUCUUGCGUCUGGUCAAACACACUCUGGCCAGCGUUAGCGGGGUGCGUGACCAGGAGAUGGCUCUGCUGGACGAGAUGUUGGCAGCAUGUGCAAGAGAGGCGAGCAACAAGAGUCUGGAACUGAUCUUCAGCUCUCACCUGUUCUACCAGAACCGACAGGAGAGGUUCAUCAGCAGCCUGGCAGAGGAGCUGCCGAAGAAGGUGGACAGCAUCACUCCGUACACCAUGGCUCUGAUAGCCAAAUACAUCGCCCGCCAUCGGCUGAGAGAGACGAGGCUGCUUGACACCAUCGCAGACUUCCUGGUGAAGAAAGCAGAGUACCUGGACAGCAAGGUGAUCCAGAAGCUGGUGUUCCCGUUCAGCAGGAUGAGUUACCGUCCUUCUAAUGAGCAGCAGUUCUUCUCUCGGCUGGAGGAGGUCGUGGAACUGAAGGCGCUCAGCUCGCCGCUGGCCACCGUCAACAUCCUCAUGUCUCUGUUCCAGCUGGGACAUUUCCCCGGCCUGGUGCUACAUCGAGUCUUCUCCUCCGCCUUCAUCAGCAACGUCACCAACAGCCCGUACGCUCUGAUUGUGCGGCGGUAUCUGUCCCUGCUGGACGCCGCGGUGGAGUUGGAGUACCAAGACUACAGCGGACCUCGACUGCAGGAUGCCCACAAGGUGCUGAUGUUUGACCAUGCCCUCACUGCUGAUGAGGUCAACCGCAAGUACAGUUAUAAAGGUCUGGUGGCUGAGGCUCUGCGACAGCUGGUUGGAGAACAGAACUACAAGCAGGAUGAAGUACUUGCCCCGGGAUACUACACAGACUUUGUACUGUGGAUGGACAGUUCUGGUCGGGUCCUACCCAUCAGGACUGGCGCCGGUCUGGCUCUGAGCAUUGUUCCUUCGUCCUGUGUUGCCGUGGCGUCCAAGCCGGCUGAAGGUGCAGUUGCCGUGGUGACCUCAGAGUUCCAGAAGUUCUCUCCGUUUGCGACGCUGGAGGAAGGCGCAGAGCAGACGUGUCAGGUAGGUGAGGCGAUUGGCGGAGCCAUGGAAGCCAGAUCCUUCCUGCCCCACCACAUCCGCAGCACAUCGGGGGCCGCAGUGCCCUCAGGGCCCCCCAGGCCUGGGACUAAUGGUGGGGCCCUGGACUACGGUCCCUACUAUGUCCCUGCAGCCGAGUACUACGCCAGCCUGGCAAAGGAGCACUCUCUGGAGAGCCAGGACAGUUCCACUCUCAGCAGCCCCCCUUCCGAUGGCCUGGCCCCGCCUGGGGCUCAGGGGCCUGCGGGGGCCCCGGCACCAGACUCCCUGUUUCAGUUUUCCAUUGGGAAGAUCCUGGAGGAUGAGGGGGGCUCAGGGGCCCCGGGAGUCCAGGGGACAGACUGUGAGCUUCCUGGGUUCUACGAAGGAGUGCCGUACUCUGAGGGGUCCGAGGCCGACAGAGUACCCCCGUCACCUCCACAGCUCCACCCCCCCGACCGACCAGACCCCGACACCAUCCCGGCAGACCAGAGACAGAUCCGGAGGGUCAUCAUGUCCGUCAACGACAAGUGGCACUACUGUCACAACUCCGAGGUUCUGGUCGGAUCUCGGGCCAUGAGGGAUCGACACCUGAGGCUGCUGGGGUACAUCAUCCUGCAGCUGCCGUACCACGAGCUGGAGAAGCUGAACGGCAUCGAGGAGGUGAAGCAGUACCUGCACAAGAAGCUGCUGGACGUCCCGCUAUGACGCCCUGUGUGUGUGUGUGUGUGUGUGUGUGUGUGUGUGUGUGUGU